CUGGUGCGGCGGCAGGGGCGGGGCGGCAGGGCACUGCGCAUGCGCGGCGCGGCGGCGGCUAUAUAAGGGGGCCGCCGGGGCGGCGGCGGCGGGAUAUUGCUUAGGCAGCUAUAAUUGGUUGCACGCCUGCAGCCGAGCAGGGACGAGAGCCUUGGUCGCCUUCUUGCCGUUCAGCCGCCGAUCCUGAGCCAUCACCAUGGUGAAGAGCGUGGGCAGCCUGUCUGAAUUUGAGGCAGAACUGAAAGCUGCUGGUGAGAAGCUUAUAGUAGUUGAUUUCUCUGCCACAUGGUGUGGACCAUGCAAAAUGAUCAAGCCCUUCUUCCAUAGUUUGUGUGAGAAGUAUGGUGAUGUGGUGUUCAUUGAAAUUGACGUGGACGAUGCCCAGGAUGUGGCUACACACUGUGAUGUGAAGUGCAUGCCAACGUUCCAGUUCUACAAGAGCGGCAAGAAGGUGCAGGAGUUCUCUGGGGCCAAUAAAGAGAAGCUGGAAGAGACCAUUAAGAGCCUAGUCUAAUCUCCAACCAUGGAGACAUUGAAGCAUGACUGCUUCGGCUAAAUUAUAGCCUGCAACUUUUCUACUUUAAAAAAAUCUUCUAAACAAGCUAGCUAGGUGAAGUGAUGGAAACUAUCUUCUGGAUCUAUGUAAAUGAGUACAAUAAAGUAUAAAUUCUUCACUUGGA